AGUGCACUGCUCUGAGCGGGAUGCGUCAGCAGUACAUUCACGUUUCCAUUGAAGGACAAAAGGAGGAGGUAGAACACAGAGGUUUGACUGCCUGCAACCCUGUCACAUAAAGGGAAAAAGCGCAAGAGGAUCCUGAAUGCUGGGGAUACGACCGCCAGGCAGUCCACAGCUCACAGGCAGAGCAGGCAAACUGCCACAACUUACUACCUCAAGAAGCAGGAAUAAAAGAAUACUGCAAGAUCUUUACCGGGGAGAAGAAGUACGGAAUCCUAUUCAAGACAAGCGCUCUGAAAUCGACAGCAUGUCACACAGCAAGAUCAAUUCCUCCUUUUUCUGACACUGAAGUGAGUGAGUGAGAGAGAGAGCAUGAGAAAGAGAGAGAGAGCAAGAACACACAAUCGCUAGAGAGAGCUUCACUGCUGCGAUGCUGUUGCCCCCCUUCCUCCCCCUUCCUGCUUGCGCACCACCACCCCCGAGCCCCCCUCCAGAGAAACUGACGGAUUAUUGCUAACUGUGCACGCGGCAGUCUGCAGCUGCUACGGCAACGAGCAGGAGAACAGCGAGUUGAAAAAAGCAAGACGGAAUGACCGCAAUGUGCGUCCGUUGGCGUUUUUUGUAUUCGUCAGAGAACUGCUAAUCGACAGGACAAGUGUCGACGGGGGAUGAACAACAGCGUGUUAGUCUAUAACAGGCAGGAAGGAAUAUCUUUAAAAGACUUGGGAUACCAGUCCCAACACUAUUGCUUUUUCUUCUUCUUUUUCUGCGCUACUUGCAGUUUGGAAAUGGAGUCUUGUGAAAAAUGUUCAGCUGUAUGCAGCGUCGGCUUCCAAGGACAAUCAAUGGGGGAGCUGAGAGGAGAUCUUUUACAAUCUGACUGGAUCCGUGCACCUGCUUAGCUCAAUGGGCCUUACCUCUUGAAUCAGUUUAUUUAAACGUUGCAUUCCUCUGAAAUUCAAAGGAGCCAUUUUGGCACGUCUAUUCACAGUCCAGUUUACUUUCUUUUGAAAAAUGUUGUACUGAUCUUAUUGAACAUUGUCAGUGUUAUGCAAAUUAAAAAGGGACAUUCAACGGAGAACUAAUGAUUACCAUACUGCACUGUCAAUGGAAAACAGAAGCAGUGUCUUGCUCAAGCCAGGGUAGGGCCACUGUUCUCCGUUCCCGAGCCGAAUCCCCACAUGAUGUUGAAUUAUGAAUGCGCCACAUCAUGAGUCUCUUGUGGCAGGUAACUGUGCACUGGAACGCAGCCCUGCUCUGUGCAGUCUACCUCAUGGUGCGAGCGUGGAGUGUGUGCGCCACCCCCACCGGACCGCAGAACUGCCCAGCUGUAUGCUCCUGCAGUAACCAGUUCAGCAAGGUGGUGUGUACCAGGCGUGGCCUGGUUCGAGUGCCCCCUGGCAUUCCCACAAAUACACGGCACCUUAACCUCAUGGAGAACAGCAUUGAGGUAAUCCAUGCUGACACCUUUCGACACCUCCACCAUCUGGAAGUGCUGCAGCUUGGCAGGAACUCCAUCCGGCAGAUUGAGGUGGGGGCCUUCAAUGGUCUCACCAAUCUUAACACUCUGGAGCUCUUUGACAACCGGUUGACUGUAAUCCCAAGUGGUGCUUUUGAGUACUUGUCUAAGCUGCGGGAAUUAUGGCUCAGGAACAACCCUAUUGAAAGCAUACCAUCUUAUGCAUUCAACCGUGUCCCCUCUCUCAUGCGGCUGGAUUUAGGAGAACUGAAAAAACUGGAGUAUAUCUCGGAGGGUGCUUUCGAAGGAUUAUACAACUUGAAAUACCUAAACCUUGGAAUGUGUAAUCUGCGGGAGAUGCCUGUGCUCACCCCGUUGGUGGGGCUGGAGGAACUAGAGAUGUCAGAAAACUACUUUCCGGACAUCAAACCUGGAUCCUUUAGGGGUCUGAAAUCCCUAAAAAAGCUCUGGAUUAUGAACUCCAAAAUCACCACCAUGGAGAGAAAUGCAUUUGAUGAUGUCACAGCCUUGGUUGAACUCAACCUGGCCCAUAAUAACAUUAGCUCUUUGCCCCAUGACCUUUUUGCACCCUUGAGUUACCUGGUAGAGCUGCACUUGCACCAUAACCCAUGGCGGUGUGACUGUGACGUGGUGUGGCUGGCUUGGUGGCUAAGAGAGUACAUCCCUACCAACUCCACGUGUUGUGGCCGCUGUCAUAGCCCUGCCCAUCUGCGAGGACGCUACCUAGUGGAAGUGGACCAGACUACGUUUCAGUGCUCUGCUCCUUUUAUCCUGGAUGCUCCACGGGACCUUAACAUAUCUGCAGAGCGAGUGGCUGAGUUCAGGUGUCGCACAGCUCCCAUGUCAUCUGUCAGAUGGCUUCUACCCAAUGGAACAGUUCUGACCCAUGGCUCCAAUCACCCAAGGAUAUACGUUCUCAAUGACGGAACUCUAAAUUUUUCCAAUGUUCUGCCAUCUGACACAGGUGUGUACACGUGCAUGGUGACAAACAUGGCUGGAAACUCCAAUGCAUCAGCUUACCUGAAUGUGAGUGCAGCCGAGCUCAACACCUCUGAGCACCUAAGCUAUUUUACCACAGUCACUGUGGAAAUAGUUGAGUCGACAUCAGUGGAGGUGAUUAAACCGAAGACGGUCACGGCUUCACCCUCCGUCUUCCAGCCUGUGUUUAUCUCAACUCCAACUGUGCUACUGCAGACACCAAGACAGGUUAGUGUGCCAACUAUCCGAGGAACAGUGCGCCCUUCUGCCACCUUAGACGAAGUGAUGAAGACUACAAAGAUCAUCAUUGGCUGCUUUGUUGCCGUCACGCUGCUCGCUGCGAUCAUGCUAAUUGCGUUCUACAAGCUCCGUAAACGACACCAACAGAGGAGCACAGUGGCAGCUGCCAGGACUUUAGAGAUCAUCCAAAUGGAGGAGAACGUUCCUCCUACCACAUCGGGAACAACUUUACCAGGAGAGGGUGGGAUGGUGCUACCAGGUCUAAGAGAUCGUAACAACACCUACAAGUCCAGCUACAGCACCUACAAACCAGCACACUCUGCUCCCUGGACAGAGAACAGCAUUAGCAAUUCUCUACAUCGCCCUCGGCCCACAACCAUCAGCACCAUCCCGGAACCCUACUUGAUUAAAACUCACACCAAGGAGAAGGUACAGGAAACCCAGAUCUAACAUUCCCAUAACCUUCUCCUCCUUGUACCCUUUUUUUCUGUUCCUCAUGAAAACAUGCAAUAGAAUGCACAAAGGAAAGACAGCGAUUACUUUUGUACCCAGUGCAAAAAUGAGACUGUUUUUCUUGUACAUGCUUAUAUAUAAAUAUAUGAAUAUAAAUAUAUAAAUUAAUCCAUUAUGGGGUGAUAAGAGAAGCAGAUUAUAUAUAAAAAAAAAAGAAAAAAUGAAUUUAAAACUAUUUUCUAAUGUGUAACUUCUAUUUAAGACGGAAUAAUGAAGAUAAUGACAUUACACUGCAGAUGCGAAACAGAUUUGUUUGAGAAGUCUGUGGUUUUUAGACCAUGCUAGAUAUAAUCCAGUAACAUUUCUACAUAACUGUCCCCAAAAUAAUAUUUACAAGUUUCUCUUGUAAGAGCACCAAGAAUUUGUAAUGUGCCAAAUGUUAUACAUGAAAUUUGGGUUGAAGAAUUCUAUGACAAAACAACGCAAGACAUAAAAAAAAAAAAAAAAAAAAAAAACAAUAGAAAAAAAAAAAAAAAAAAAACACAAAAAAGGAAAAAAGUUCUCCUGAGUCUGCUGAGUCUCAGUAGCUAUCAGCCAAAUGGUUUUGGUCUCUUAUGUGCUUUUUUCAGUGAGUGCUUUUGCAGUUUAACUUCAUAUUUAAGGAGAAUCCCCAGUGCUGAACAAACACCUACAGUGUUUUCAUAAGUGUUCCUGGAUACAAAUCAACAUUGAUUCUUCAUUCACUACUGGGGAUUUUUCUAUGCAGUUUGUUUUGUUUUGUAUUGAACCUGUGUCUCAGCAAGAAGCAGUGAGGUGAUCUGAUUCCUGCUUUUUCCCCCCUUAAUUCCCCUUAAGCCUCUUUAGAGUUUUUUUUUUUCUUUUAAGGGGAUUUGACAAAUUUACCAACAGUAGCUCUGACCAUUAUCUUCUCUGUAACUGGUCCCAAUUCUUUUAAGAUCCCAAAUGCUUUGUUAAGACUUGAGCGGCUUUUAGGGCUAAAAUAUAGUUAAAAAUGUUACAACAGUUGCCUCAGAUUAGUAGUGUAAGGGCUGAACAGGAUGUUUAUUUGCAACACUGCAGAGAUCGUUGCAAUGUCACGAUGGUUUGUUGCGAGCUGUUAACAUUAUCAUGACUGCUUACAGUAUAUCUAUUUUUUUUUUCUUAAUCACGAAAGGGUAUACAAAGGAAUGUGUGACUUUUAGGCUGUCCUCAAUGGUGAUCAUUCAAACAGUGAAUUUCAUUUGUCCUUAUUUCAAGCAACAGUAUUUUUAUGAGGAGUCUUCAGAGGUUCCAACAAUAAAACAUUUGGUUUGUAUUUCUCUAAAGAUAACUCUUUGCUCUUGCCUUUUUUUCCCACUUUUGUACGCAGUGGUAGAAGUUUGAGAAUUGUAAUGGAAAGACUAACCCUUCUCUGUCAGAUAUCAUUUUUGGGAAUGCGCCAGAUUUGCAUCUGCAGGUCCAGUGCACAGAAUUUUCAUGGCACAUUUUGCUUCUCCUUCUUUUGUGGCAAAACGGCUUGCUGGGUAGAUUUGAAUCUUUGCCAAUACGCCGAUAGCAUAUGGUCCCGUCUAUUAAGAGCGAAUAUUAUGUUCAUGACACAAAGGUGCAGCACUGACAUAAAAAAAAUGUAGUCUGCUUUUCUGACACAAUAAAUACAAUGCAAUAGGCAGACUUUUGCUAGGAUCCUAUUUCCCCCGUCAUUAUGGCACUUAGAGCUCAGGUAACACAACUCCAUUUGAAGCACUGGACUAAUAAGGUUAAGUGCGGCUUUUAAUAUCAUCCAUUAUUGAUCUUGUUAACCUGUGCACAUAGAAAAUUAGGUAUGGAGUGCAUGUGUGUGUUACAUCAAGAAAGUGUAUGUGAAUGACAUUCAGUGCCGUUUUAUGACUCCCUUUUACAGUGUAGUCUUGUAAACUCAACAAUGCAUUUUUUUUUUUGAACAGCGAAACUUCUAUUGCUCUAGAACAUUUUGAAUGCCUCCCUGGGCUAUUUUUUUGGUUUGUUUGUUUGUUUGUUUUGUUUGUUUGUUUGUUUUUUCCUUUAGUGAGUGACCUUUAAUAUGAUUACAGUGGCUUACGUUCAUAUUAUGCUGCCUCGGCAUUUCAGGCAGAUUCUUUACAACAUUCUAUGUUGACUCUCUGUAUAUGCCGAAUAUUAAAACAUUUCUUCUGAUGCCAUGCAACAUAGAGUCUGUUUUAGGCUUGAAUGGGUGCUAAAGUGCUAUUACGCUGUACAUUUUUAGCAUGGAUGGGAAAGAGGAGAGGGUGCAGUCUGUA